AUGACUAAGUCAUAUAUUCCUUGCUCAAAUUUAAAGACAGCUGGUUUAGUUGUCGCAGUUGUUGAGCUCUUCCUAUGUGCUCUUGCAGUUUACGGACUCUUCCGUAAUUUCCAUCUAUUCGGAUCCAACUAUUUCAUUUGGUUCCUUCUUGGAAUCAUCUCUGUAUUCAUUAUCCUUAUUGCUAUUGCUCUUUUCGUGUAUGCGAUCAAAAGUGAAAAUGCUCGUUGGCUGAUUCCUCAUUUAUCUGCUCAAAUCUUCUUGGUCAUUUUCCUGUUUUUGGUUGCUUUUAUCGUGGCAAUUCUCAUGUUAUUCGGAGCAUACCGUGGAAUCAGAAAUCUAUUGGGUGUCAGCAAUUAUUAUAUGAGCGAUGAUUCCACUUUCCUUCUCGGUAUUAUGAUCAUUGUAAUCUAUCUCCUCGUGGCUCUUCUCGAACUCUUCUUCCUCUACAUUGUCUACCGUCUUUACAAACAUCUCUGCCACUACGAAUCCAUUGACAAUGAGAACCGUGUCAAUUGGCAAGUUGUCAACGACUUCCCAAAAGACAACAAACAUGGAUCAGCUGCAAUGGGAGAUCAAUAUCCAUAUGGAGAUGACCGGCGAAAUGAUGGAAAUGGACAGAGAUAUUUGUAA